AGAUUUUAAAAGUCACUGUACUCACAGAAAGAUCUAGUACGAGGAAAUGGAAGGGUGAAAAAAAAAGAAAAAAAAGCUUUUGAAACUGAAGCUAAAAACAAGCCUGCGGAGCGGAGCUGAGGAGGAGCGGAGCAGCGCAGCGGAGCAGCGUCGUUCAGCCCGAUCUACAGUGAGUUUAAGCGAACCGAAGCUCCGCCGCUGCGUUAUUUCACACGAGCCUGGAAAGCGCCACUGAAAUCUGAUGGAACUGUCAGCUAUCGGUGAACAAGUGUUCGCUGUGGAGUCAAUCAUAAAGAAGAGAGUGAGGAAGGGGCAUGUGGAAUAUUUACUAAAGUGGAAGGGGUGGCCUCCAAAGUACAGUACCUGGGAGCCUGAGGAGCAUAUCCUGGAUCCUCGGCUUGUUCUAGCAUAUGAGGAGAAAGAGCACCGAGAAAAAGCGGUGGGCUGGCGUAAGAGAGGACCCAAGCCAAAGCGUCUUUUUGUGCAGAACAUUUACACCAUGGACCUCCGCAGUGCACAGAAAGCUGCAGACAAGUCUCCUGCACAUCUGCACCUGUCUCUCACUCGCUCGCUCGACCCACAGAUCGACCACAUGGACCAGAAGUUCCAGUCCAAGGGAGGCGCCAUAUAUCGGCAACUAGUCCAGCACAAGAGGAAAAAGAGAAGCUCCAGAGACCCGUCGGUGGAGGACUGGGAGGAGAGGGAGGAAGAGGAUGAUGAUGAGGAAGAGGAGAGCACUAGAGAGGAAGAAAUGGAGACUGACAGAGCCACUCCAAACAGCUCCUGCUUCUCUUUCUCAGGUAAUGUGGGGACAGAGGGUUGGAGUUCAAUAAUUGGAUCCAAGGAAGUGACAGUCUCUCCAACGCGUGAAGAAUGGAGGCCAGUCAUGGGUCCAGAGGAGGUAACAGUGACAGAUGUCACCAUAAAUUCGCUGACAGUUACUUUUAGGGAGGCACUGGUUGCAAAGGGCUUCUUCAGAAGCUGGGAACUGGAGUUCUAAUAUUGAGACUUGAGAAAGAGUGAAGAGAGAGAGAAACAGAGAGAAGUGGUAUGUGAGACUUUAAUCAAGUGCACUAUGUUGGGACGUUUUGACAUAAUUCAUUCUAUUGCAUGACAUUCAUUAACAUUUCAAGGUAAAUUUAUGAUUAGUACAGUCAACAUCCUCAGCGUGGAAGGAAAUCCCCAUUCAUGCUGCAUUUACUUGCACUGUUACAUGUUAGUUGAGGAGGACCUCCCUAUAAGCCAGUAAGCUUUUUAGCUUUUCACAGUGAUUCCAUAAACUCUCAUUUAAGUAAUUGAAAAGGUACUGAAAAGCUGCACUCAUGUAGUACUGUAAAUAAAGUACUAUUUUAUUCAAGUUGUAUUAAUUACAAUUGUGGGACCGUGGUACAUAUUGUGUAUCUACACUAGUGUUCAAAAGUUUGGAUUCACUUGUCACUGUUAACUGCUGUUAUUUCAAUCAAUCAUAACUUACAGUAUGGAUUGAAGUACUUACAUUUCAAGAUGUUAUAUUUAAUAUUUCAAGUUGUUCAGGAAGUCUAAGGUAAUUUACUAUUCAUAGUCAUUUCAUUAUAAAUUAUCUGCCAGGGAAUUAGUCAUCACUUCUCAAGGCAACGCAAGGCAUUCUGAAUAAUAAUUUAUUAUAAUAAUUAACUUAGUUUUCAGUGUAAUGCAGCUUUUCCAAAUAUCAAAUGUCUGUUAAUCACUAAAAGUUUUAUUUACAGCCUCCUACUAAUGUGAAGCUGUAGAGUAAUAGCUCCAUGCUAAUGAAUCAUUUCAUGUUUCUGCAACAUUUUUUUUUAGCAUUAUCAAUUUAUUGCCGACAGUGAUCCCAAAGUUUUCAGUUGUGAUUUUAAACUUUUGAAAACUAGUGUAACUUUGGGAGACUAAACUGAUUGAAGAUCUAAAAUGAUUCAGGGUGUUAUGAUUCAUCUGAAAUGGUCAGCGGAUGCAGGUCUGCUAUUAUAAACUCUAUGUGCCCAAUAAAAUAUUAGUCUAAUAAUGAAUCGUCUCCAGGGCAGUAGUGAAAUCACGCAUUUCAUUAAAAGCGUAUUGCAUUAAAACUACUGUCAUUUUUAAUAAUGGAAAUAAAUAGACCACAACGUCUUUGAAACACUACCAAAAAUAGUAAAGAAGCACCUGUAAUCCAUUGAUUGACACUCCAGUUUGACUUUCAGUUGAACAAAAUUGUACCAUUUAUUAGAAAAAUGUACAAUUUAAUCCACUCCAAAGCUUAGAUCACUCCAGCUGUACUUUUCUUUUUCCUUUUGUUAAAGGGGAAUUCCACUGAUUUUUCUAAAUUUCUGCAUAAUUAAAUGGUUAAGAUGUAAGGCAAGUCAUUCAGAGUGGUUUGAUGUGUAAUGCUCCGUUCUAGAGAAACUUGCAGAGUUAAAAUUUUACAGUGGUGGUGAGAGGAACCAGAAGUCUGAAGAGUUCAAUGCCUCUAUCUCACAAAGUUAUCAUGAGAAAUGGCUAUGGAUAUGUGGUCAAAUGCCUGUUUUAUGAUAGUCCUGGGAUAAGGUUUUGGACUAAAUGUAUUUUUAACUAAUUCAUGACAGAGAGGCACAUGUAGGGUGCUGUAAGGCUAAAUGGACCCAACAGAAAACAUUUUUUCAGAUUUACCACCAUUUUACCAUUACCAAAACACAGAAGACACAUAGGUUCACUGGUCGUUUUGGACAGUUAAUAAAAUGGUUAUAUUUGUGUUGAUGGACAUUGUGACCUCUGGCUCCUAUCACCACCACUGCAAAAACAUCGGAAUUAUUAAGUUUCUCUGCAGCAAACCAUUUUGCAUCAGACCACUCUGAAUGACUGUUCAACGACUGAAUUACGCAGAAUAUUUUGAAAAACUCCUUAAAUACCAAGACCUAAAAUGUUUUAAAAUACAUUUUGGUUGAAACUAAUUAAGCUAACUAAUUAAUUGGCACUCAUUUUUACGCUAAGCUGGUACAGAAAGGUGACAGGCACCUGUGUGGGCAAUAAAACACAUGCACUUAUGUAGUCUUAGCAUCCCACAAAUAGUGCAGACCCAUUAUAUUUGGAAUAGCGCACAUUUAUGGGAGAUUAGUGUCAGAGUUGUCCGAUUACUGUCUUAAAAUGAACAGAACUUUGUCCUUACUCUCUGUAUGUCAUGCGUACUUUUAGACUAACAUUCCAGUGAUCAGUGUGAUGGUGUCGGAGAUCAAAACAUUGAAAAAGUAAUGAAAUCUAAGAACAGUAUUCUUCCAUUGUUUUUCACUUGUUGCUGUAUUGACAAUACAUAUCAUACAUCGAUGUUUCUACCAACCAUGUAAAUAUAUACAAAGUAAUACAGCACUUUGUAGCAUCUCCGUUUUGUUGUUCGAUUUAAAUUGUGUCCCACUUUAUCCAGCCAUUGCACUUUAGUUGCAAUGUGUGCCUAUUGUCAAACUUUGUUAUUCCGUUGAAAUUGAAUAUAAUGUAUAUUCAUACCAAAAGGUAAUUGCAUCAAACUACACUGCAGCAACCUAUGUCUGACUUGUUUGCCUGUUGACAGCUGAAGAGAACUGAAGACAAUUUUGUCUGUAUUUUUCUAUGCUGAUUUGAAUGUAUAUUCAAGCAAACCCUCUGGGGACUGACCUGAUUAUUUUGUACUUUUCUUAUAAUUGGUGGUAACUGAGUAAUGAGACCUGUACAUACUUAAUAUAUUACCAAGUUAUCUGUGGUUGCAUUUGCUUCUCUGAAAAACUGCACUUUAAAACAGAUAAACUGGUAGUGUGAUGCUUUAAGAGUAAAUGGCAGUAUUUGUACUAUAAUUAUCUAUUAGACAUGUGCUUUUAUAUUGUAAUAAAGCUAAAUGUGAGAACUUGA